CAGUCACCCCGACGGAGGGGGACUGCCGCCCCGCCGGCCGCGGGGCCCUCGCCGGCGUGCGCUGCCUCCCACACCAGGGUUUGGUAAAAGACCAUGGCGAGGUGUCAGCUGUGAUGCAUGUUUAAAAGGAAACUUUCGAGGUCGAAGAUAUAAGUGUUUAAUUUGCUACGAUUACGAUCUUUGUGCAUCUUGUUAUGAAAGUGGUGCAACGACAACAAGGCAUACAACUGACCACCCAAUGCAGUGCAUAUUAACAAGGGUAGAUUUUGAUUUGUACUAUGGCGGGGAAGCUUUCUCUGUAGAGCAGCCACAGUCUUUUACUUGUCCCUAUUGUGGAAAAAUGGGCUAUACGGAGACAUCUCUUCAAGAACAUGUUACUUCUGAACACGCAGAAACAUCAACAGAAGUGAUUUGUCCAAUAUGUGCAGCGUUACCUGGAGGCGACCCUAAUCAUGUCACGGAUGACUUUGCAGCUCACCUUACACUUGAACACAGAGCCCCUAGAGAUUUAGAUGAAUCUAGUGGUGUUCGACAUGUACGUAGAAUGUUUCACCCUGGCCGGGGAUUAGGAGGUCCUCGUGCUCGUAGAUCAAACAUGCACUUUACUAGCAGUUCUACUGGUGGACUUUCUUCUUCUCAGAGUUCAUAUUCUCCAAGCAAUAGGGAAGCCAUGGAUCCUAUAGCUGAGCUUUUAUCUCAGUUGUCAGGAGUGAGACGUUCUGCAGGAGGACAGCUUAAUUCUUCUGGCCCUUCCGCUUCUCAGUUACAACAACUGCAGAUGCAGCUGCAGCUGGAACGGCAGCAUGCUCAGGCAGCACGGCAGCAACUGGAGACCGCACGCAACGCGACCCGGCGCACUAACACGAGCAGCGUCACCACCACGAUCACACAGUCCACCGCGACAACCAACACAGCUAAUACAGAAAGCAGCCAGCAAGCUCUCCAGAAUUCCCAGUUUCUCUUAACAAGGUUGAAUGAUCCUAAAAUGUCUGAAACGGAGCGCCAGUCCAUGGAAAGCGAGCGCGCAGACCGCAGCCUGUUUGUCCAAGAGCUCCUUCUGUCCACCCUAGUGCGCGAAGAGAGCUCGUCCUCAGACGAGGAUGAACGGGGGGAGAUGGCAGAUUUUGGUGCUAUGGGCUGUGUAGAUAUUAUGCCUUUAGAUGUUGCUUUAGAAAACCUAAAUUUAAAAGAGAGUAAUAAAGGAAACGAGCCUCCACCACCUCCUCUUUGAUGACAUCCCAAUUCGCAGACAAUGUCCUCUGUGCUGUAUUUGCCAAUGAAAGUGGACAACAACUAUCUUGGGUUUGUUUGGUGAUUGUAAUUUCAGGUCUGUCACUCUUGUUACAUUGUGUACAUUCAAAAGGAAGAGAGAAAAUAUAUAUGAUAAUCAUUUCCACUUAACUAAUUUUUACUCUAGCAGGUAAAUGUAGGUAGCAGUGCAGGGGUGGUCUCUGCUUCCUGUACCUUGACAUGCAAAGGCUCUCCUAAUACUCCACGUUCAAACUGAAGAGGAAAAUUGAAAUCUCUAAUGAAGCUGCUGUGUGUAUUUAUGAAUAUUAAUGAAUAAAAACUGCUUGGAUGGUUUACCUUAACUACUGCAUGAGGUUUUUUGCAGCGUGCAUGAGUUUUAGUGACCUUGUUAUUUAAAAAAUUAAAUACAAGGAGUAAAACUUAAAAAAAAAAUGCCCAAAGCUUUCCCAAACAUUAUUCAGUGGUUACUCGACCAAGUAGCUUUUGAAUAAUGUCUGCCUGAAUCACCUUCCUUUGUGUGCCUCCUACGCACAAAGCCAGCCUGCAGUGGAGUCCGGGGGUCCUGGCCGGGUGUGACACUUCACCCUGUGUGACUGUCCUGUCGCCUUGUUAGUGGUCGCCUGGCCCGCGUGGAGCCCAGCUGUGUCUAACUCAUCUGUAGAAGACGCACCAGUACAGCUACUGUUGGAAUCUGCUGCAGGGGCGUUUGUGUGCCCUAAAAACAAAUCCUGUUCAUGUCUGUUUAAAGUUUUUACUUUUUGUGGUUGUUGAAAAUUUUUUUUCAAUUGUUAAAUAUGUUUUAUUCAGGUGUAGAUGAAUUCAUUUAUUCACUGUUCAACAAAGUUAACCUGAAUUAUGUUGUCUCUGUU